AUGUCACUGACAUUUCAUCAUCGAAAACCAGGAACAAAGACCUCGGGAGAACCUGGGAAGCUAACAGACCUGCACAAUCUCAACUCGAGCCCACCUCUACCUCCGCACCUCUCCAUGUUCUCCGUCGUGGUCCCCGGACGCCCGUGUCUAACGGACAUCGUCGCAGUCGACGGCCAACCAAAUGGCCAAGCAACCAAGUUCGCUUUCACGAUUCCCUUAAGCGCCUCUCUCAGCGACAUAGUCGUCUUCUUCCUACCAGGAACAGUCCUACCUCCCAAUACCGGCGCAGCAAUCUACGCGCAGCUCCCAGACGCAAACGGCCAGCCCUCCGACUUCCGCUUCAUCGGCGCACUCGCAAACGAGAAACCUUCCGGCAUCUUCACCGUGCGACCACCCAGUCGCACAGAGGCCGAAGAAGAGGAUGACAUGCUAGACGAGAAUAGCGCCAAUGGCGCCGGUGUCCUGACGCUCGGUAUCUCGAUUGAAGAGGCGCAAAAUAUUGCGCCACAGCUUGCUGCUCUUGAGGCGGAGAAAUCUCAGAAUGGGUCGACGGCAUUGGUCAGUCAGGCUGUUGGGCAGAGGCAGAUUUCGACCAAGGUGUUGGCGCAACGCAUUAUUGGGAGUGCGUUCAACUUCUUGGCCAGUUUUGCGGAGUCGGAUAAGGGGCAGGAUGUCGUGCCUCUUAAAAGCUUCCAUAACUGGUGGGCUAAGUUUGAGCGUCGCAUUGAGGUCGAUCCUGCGUUUUUGGAGCGCGAGGACCCCAAUGCGAAUGCGUAA